AUGUCAUCAUUUUAUAACCCCAACAUCGAUAUGGAUACCACAGAGUGGAUCAGAGGUAGAACCGUUAGCCAAGUCUUUGCUGACAUCAAGAGGUUCUUGCUGUCAGCAGAGUAUGGCCUAGAUCGUGUGAAGGAGGAGGCAGACAACCUACUGCUCCUGAUGGGGCAGGAUCUCAAUAAAGAGGAUUUGACCUAUGCUGUGAUGAUGAUGGCAUUGGCAACGGAAGCGCUGGCGCAUGAACAAGACCGGCUGAGCCUCUGGGUUGAUGCCCUUAAUGGCUAUGUGAUCCUCGUCCAGCUGGAUGCGUCCCAGGCGGAGGAGGCGCGAGAGGGCAUUGAUCGAUGCUGCGCAGCGAUCCGCUUAUUCGAAGACGAAAUUGUAGAGGUCCACUACUCUGCGACCGAGACAGAUGAAGAGCAAGGCCAAGGACUUUAG